AACAAACUGCUUCCGGGUUACCCGAAUUUGCUUCCUCGCGCAGAUCACGGUAGCUAACCGGUUGUAAGGAAAGUAGCUAAAUAUACACUUAUUUUUUUUAUCUAUGUUUAUUCAUCAUGUCUAAAAGACACCGUUUAGAUUUAGGCGAUGACCACUCAAAUAAAAAGAGAUCUGAUGGAAAAGACAGAGAUCGCGACAGGGACCGUGACGAGCGCUCUAAAGACAGGGACCGCGACAGAGAUCGGGACCGGGACCGAGAUAGGGAUGUGAAGCCCUCUGUCGUGCCCCCCAACACCAUGAUGGCCGGGGGAGGCAUGCUGCCUCUCAAGCAGACAGCCAUGCAGCAGCAGAUCAACCCGUUCACAAACCUGCCCCACACGCCGCGCUACUAUGAGAUCCUGAAGAAGAGGCUGCAGCUGCCUGUGUGGGAGUACAAGGAGCGCUUCAACGACAUCCUGGCACGCCACCAGAGCUUCGUGCUCGUCGGAGAGACGGGCUCCGGGAAAACCACACAGAUCCCCCAGUGGUGUGUGGACAUGGUGAAGGGCUUGGGCGGCCCCAAGAAGGCAGUGGCUUGUACCCAGCCCAGGAGGGUGGCAGCCAUGAGCGUGGCCCAGAGGGUGGCCGACGAGAUGGACGUCAUGCUGGGCCAGGAGGUGGGCUACUCCAUACGAUUUGAGGACUGCAGCUCCGCCAAGACCAUACUGAAGUAUAUGACAGACGGUAUGUUGCUUCGGGAAGCCAUGAACGACCCCCUGCUGGAGCGGUAUGGCGUGAUCAUCCUGGAUGAGGCCCACGAGAGAACGCUGGCCACGGACAUCCUAAUGGGAGUCCUGAAGGAGGUGGUCCGACAGAGGUCAGACCUCAAGGUGAUUGUGAUGAGCGCUACGUUAGACGCCGGGAAGUUCCAAGUGUACUUUGACAGCUGUCCACUGCUGACCAUUCCCGGACGCACACACCCCGUGGAGAUCUUCUACACCCCCGAGCCGGAGCGGGAUUACCUGGAAGCCGCCAUCCGCACGGUCGUGCAGAUCCACAUGUGUGAGGAAGAGGAGGGGGACUGUCUGCUGUUUCUCACCGGACAAGAGGAAAUUGACGAGGCCUGUAAACGGAUCAAACGGGAGAUUGACGACUUGGGACCUGAAGUCGGAGACAUCAAAGUCAUUCCACUAUAUUCCACACUGCCUCCCCAGCAGCAACAAAGAAUCUUUGAGGCCGCACCCCCCAGGAAGCCCAGCGGUGCAAUAGGAAGAAAGGUUGUGGUUUCCACAAACAUUGCUGAGACAUCCCUUACCAUCGACGGAGUGGUGUUUGUGAUCGAUCCCGGUUUUGCCAAGCAAAAGGUGUACAACCCUCGUAUCAGGGUGGAGUCUCUCCUGGUCACGGCGAUCAGCAAAGCCUCGGCGCAGCAAAGGGCGGGCCGCGCUGGRAGGACACGGCCAGGGAAGACUUUCCGCCUCUACACUGAGAAAGCCUACAAGACCGAGAUGCAGGACAACACGUAUCCCGAGAUUCUCCGGUCCAACUUGGGUUCUGUCGUGUUGCAGUUGAAGAAGCUGGGUAUCGAUGACCUGGUGCACUUUGACUUCAUGGACCCACCAGCCCCGGAGACCCUGAUGCGGGCGCUGGAGCUGCUCAACUACUUGGCGGCGCUCAACGACGACGGCGACCUGACAGAGCUGGGCUCCAUGAUGGCAGAGUUCCCGUUGGACCCCCAGCUGGCCAAGAUGGUGAUCGCCAGCUGCGAGUUCAACUGCUCCAACGAGAUCCUCUCCAUCACCGCCAUGCUGUCAGUCCCGCAGUGUUUCGUCCGCCCCACCGAGGCUAAGAAGGCGGCGGACGAGUCCAAGAUGCGGUUCGCCCACAUCGACGGAGACCACCUGACGCUCCUCAACGUCUACCACGCCUUCAAACAAAACCACGAGUCUACACAGUGGUGCUACGACAACUUUGUGAACUACCGUUCGCUGAUGUCGGCCGACAACGUGCGCUCGCAGCUGUCCCGGAUCAUGGACCGCUUCAACCUGCCCCGGCGCAGCACCGAAUUCACCAGCAGAGACUACUACAUCAACAUCCGCCGAGCGCUCGUCACAGGCUUUUUCAUGCAGGUGGCUCAUUUGGAGCGCACGGGCCAUUACCUCACAGUCAAGGACAACCAGGUGGUCCAGCUACACCCAUCUACUGUCCUGGACCACAAGCCAGAGUGGGUGCUCUACAAUGAGUUUGUCCUCACCACCAAGAACUACAUUCGCACCUGCUCGGAUAUCAAACCGGAAUGGCUGGUGAAGGUUGCUCCUCAGUACUACGAAAUGGGCAACUUCCCACAGUGUGAAGCCAAGAGGCAGUUGGAGCGAAUUGUUGCCAAACUCCAGACAAAGGAGUAUUCCCAGUACUGAUUAACAGCGACUGGAGAGAGGAAGACAUCCUUGAAAGAGUUUGGCACAAUUCAUACUUUAAAGUUUGUAUCCUAUCUUCUAUCUUAAUGUUUCUCUCGAUUCAAGAUAUGAUUUUUAUAACUUUUUGUUUUUCUGUCCAUUCAAUAGCAACGUGUAUAACUGUAAGCAUUUAUGAAAUUGAUAUCAAAGGUGAAUAUUAGGCUAUUCUGAUUAGAGAUUUUCAAAAGGAAUACAAUUAACAUGUUAAGCAUGAGCAUUCAUGUGGAUAUUGUUGAUGUUCCUCUAGGAAAUUGUGAACCCUGAGAAAAAAAGUGUACUUGCCUAGGUUGUCCUUGUUUCUUCAAUAAAGGAGCUUCGACUUGAAUAAAAUAAUGAAUAAUAGCUCAUGGUCAUUGACGAUGUCUUUGAUUGUCUAAAAUAUUUGUUUGUUAACUAUAAAUGAAUAACAUACAUUAUGUAUACCCAGGGGUGAAAGUGGAUCACUUCAAAAGACUCUCCUGUUGGCUACCCGUGUACCUUUGUCCACUCACUAAAUAAUUCCAGCAUCCAAACAGUGCUCUGUACACCCGCAAUUUGAUGAAUGGAAAUCGGCAUCUGUUAGAAAAACAUUAACGUGCAAUGCCAUUCAGCGAGUUGUCAUUAGGCACACUACACUUACAGCCUGAAUUGAUGUGUCCAUUGAUGUAUGCCUGCUUCUCUGUCUGGGCCACAUGUCUCCAUAUCUCUGCCUUGGUAACACUUCAGUGUUCACGUCGAACCACGAUGCAAUUGGGAGAGUAUACCGCACGUUUUGAAAUCAAUUUGCUCAUUUUCAUGCAGCUGACAUGCGGUAAUGUUAAAUAAUGGCGUAAUUGACUAUAGUGUUCUCAACAUUUUGUUUGAAUUAGUUUGAUAGGCUUAUAUUUUACUGGUACGGUGUACCCCCACUAUUUAUUURGCCGGGACACCGGACCAUACCACCUUACUUUCACUCCUGAGUAUACCUUACAUUAGCAUUGCUGAACAUGAACUUGUACAUUGAUGCUCCCUGUGUAUAAAAGAAUGUCACCACAAGGUUCUAGCUUUGGCAUGUUUUCUUAGUUUAGUCUGUGCAUGUUAUACAUAACUAUGGAUGCCCGAAAGGGAAGUCAACAUUCAUAACAUUGAAAAAUAACUUCAAUGCAAUUUGAGAACCAAGUGUUCUUUAACAAUGCUAAUUCACAUCCAGAAACUGUAUGAAAGCAUGACAUUAGUUAGAACUCUUGUAUAGUCUUUCUUUUUGCUGGGGAUAGGUCAGUAUAUUCAAUUCAUGUGGCUCUGAGCAUUCUCUCUCAUUCCCCCUCUGUGUGUUGGCUGUGGCUGAGUCUAGAAGAGCUCAGAGGUGUGUCUAGUUCCUCCUCUGAGCCUGUGUCCACCACAUGGAAGCGUGGUGCAUCUGCUUUCCGCAGCACUGUUGCGCGUGUCUUUGAGGUUGUAAUCCACGCCUGUUGACCUUCUCGCAGCCUGGUGUCUCCGAUUUAAAGUCUACAGUUUGUGCUGGUUUCAGUUGUUUGUCCCUCUUAGCGAAGGCCUUCCAGUUAGUCCGUUGGGGUUUGAGCUGAGCUGGCGAGACAGGCAAUGGGGAGCUCGGCAGGCAACGUCCKAUGAUGCAGUGCUGUGACCCUGUAAGCUAACAGCCCUGUACGGAUCCUUGUUCUUUUUCAACAGUCCCUUGACUGUUUUCACAGCCCUCUCGGCCUCACUGUUGCUUUGUGUGUGAUAUUGGCUACUGGUCACGUGUGAAGGCAAAUGGAGCUUGCGGAGAACGGGAGCGUUAUCUUUAACCAGGACCUCAGCGCCCACUUGCAAAAAUGUACUGUACUCCAUUGAUAACUCCAUCUGAUGUGGUUAUGGGUGUCUUUGCUAUUUCAAUGUAUCUUGAAUAGUAACCUACAACUAGCAGAUAAGUCAUUUUUCCAAUAAAACAUAUAUGCCGCUACCCUU